AUGGUUUAUAUAUUGGCAGUAAGGCCAAGGCUAUACUACGUGGGAAACAAACAUGUCCAGAACAGCAGGAGGUUGUUGACGGGGGGCACUGAGAGAAUAUUCCGGGGAGCAGGAACGCAAUUGAUUCCUAGAUCAAGGGCUCACUUGCAAAAUGUAAAUUAUAGUACUAGCAGAGCGAGUGGAAAUGGUAAUGGGAGCAGCGGUAGCACCAACAAAAGCAGCAGAUUGUUUAGAAAGCGCAACGUUGCGUUGGUCACUGGCGUCAUAAUCGUAGGCUCGUACAUCUCCUUCAACCAGUCGUACUACUAUAACUUGGACACAGUCCCCCCACCGAAUAGUAGUAAUAUCAAUGCUACCACAAGCUCGCAUCUCAAGUUAGGUGCUCUUUCGAGCGGCAAGGCAGGGUUCAGCUUACCAUUGGCAGGGUACCUGACUACUGCUACUACUGCUGGUGGUGCCAAUGGUGCAACUGCUGGUGGUGCAACUUCACCUGCGGCUACCAAUGGCUCUACGUCCGGCUCGACUGGGUCUCAAGCAUCCAUCGGCGAAGGAAAGAAGUAUUUCUCAACAUCAACCUCAUCCAUGCAGACGAACUCGAUUGGGAGCCACCAGCACAAGGAGGGCAUCUUCUUACUCAACGAAGAACAGGUCAGCAAUAAAUUAAGACAAUAUGAGGAAUCCUACAUAGUCAACAGAGGUAAGGGUGUUACCAGGUAUGAUAUUUGCCAAUUGCCCCUGAACUCCCCAAUUGAAGACGAUAGGGCUGAAGAAAUCGUCCAGGUCCCCAUCAUCCAAGAUAACAACGUCAGGACUUCUACCGAUUGGAUGUUCUUCGGUGUUUUCGAUGGUCAUGGAGGAUGGACCACCAGUAGUAAAUUAAGGGACCAGCUCAUCAGUUACAUCAUUAGAGAGUUUGGAACCAUUUUUAAGGUGGCCAACAAGGAUGAAAAUUUGAGAUAUGUCCCCAACAGUGCAACCAUUGAUCAAGCAAUCAAGAACGGAUUUCUCAAGUUAGAUCACGAAAUCGUAAAUAAGAACAUAGAAAAAUUACUUAAUGAUAACAACAAAGCCAAAGCUGCUGAGUUGUUGAUGCCUGCAUUAUCAGGAUCCUGUGCAUUAUUGUCAUUUUAUGACACCUCAUCCAAACUCUUGAAGGUGGCAGUGACCGGAGAUUCUAGAGCUUUGUUGGGAUCCUUUAAAGAUAACCAUUGGACUGUCAAGCAGUUGAGUAUUGAUCAAACUGGAUCAAACCCAACAGAGGUGGCUAGAGUUAUCAGUGAACAUCCAGAUGAACCUAAUGUUAUUAGAAACGGAAGAGUCUUGGGAACGUUAGAGCCAUCAAGAGCAUUUGGAGACUGUAGGUAUAAAUUACCAGCUUCCAUCCAAGAAAGAGUAUACAAACAAUUCUUCGGUAGAAGAUUACCAAGCAACUUGAAAUCUCCUCCAUACGUUACCGCUGAGCCAGUGAUAACUACUACUAAGAUUAACCCAGAAAACAACGAUUUUUUGGUUAUGGCAUCCGAUGGAUUGUAUGAAAUGUUGUCUAAUGAAGAAAUCAUUGGGCUUGUAGUGAAGUGGAUGGAGAAGGAAAAAAUGAUCAAACCUCAAAAGUCGUUCUGGAACUACUUUGGAUCUACUGAAAAUAAGUUACCUGAAGUUUCUGACGUAACUAACGAUAAAACAUCAAAGCAACCAUUUAGAAAAUCAAGACAACUGUCCGGAUAUGGAACCUUUUUGUUGGAAGAUAGAAAUGUGUCAACUCAUUUGAUUAGAAAUGCUUUAUCCAAUGGAGGUUCGAGAGAGCAAACCUCCAUGUUAAUUUCCAUUCCAAGUCCAGUAUCACGUAGAUAUAGAGAUGAUUUGAGUGUCACUGUGGUUUUCUUUGGAAAGGACGUCAAUGGAGAGAAUGAUGCCGGUAAACUAGAGAUAAACAGUGUUGGAACUGCAGGAGGCCAGACAGCUGCCAAACCUAAGUUGUAG